GAGGCUGAGCCGGAGUUGGACUUAUCAGGACGUCCCGUCCAGCCACCAUCAGAACAAAUGCUCGCAGAGUUCAACGAACUAUACCCGGAUGAUUCCCCGGAAGAUGAGGAACCGUCGAGCGAGGAAAGGAAUGUUUCAUUGAAGGAUCUUGUGGUUAGUCCCUGUCUUUCAGUAGAAUUUGUGGUGAAAUCUCAAUUUAUAGCUGAGGCCAAAAUGUAG